AUGGCCUUCGACAGCACAAAAAGAUUUUCUUCUCGCGACCCCGGCUGGAAAUGGUUCCCCAACGACAAGCCCUCGUGGCGCCUCGACGUCGUCACGCUGCUGGCCGUCAUCGGCGAGUCUGCCAUCGCCGAGCACGCCCAGGCCAUCACCGCGUCGCUGCUGUGCAUGCUGCCUCGCCUGCUGCCCGCGCCGCAGGCCCUGCUCAAGCCCUCGCGCCCGAGUCGCCUGCCCGAGACGCACGCCAAGAUGGCUGGCGUCUACAGCGGCACCAUCCUCGACUCGGUCGGCUUCUUCGCCAACAUCAUCACGCUGCUCGACGCCCUGCCGCCCUACAGCUUCCUCGUGCUGGACAUUCAGCAUGCGCCUAGCGUGGGUCCGCCCCUGACCAGUGCGAACCAGCAUCACCACCAGCAUCAGCAUCAGCAUCGGCAGGGCAAACGCGGUCUUGCUGGCUCCAUAAUCAGAUUCGUGUCCUGGGGCCUAAAACGAGACGUGCAGGACCAUUCUUUGGGUGGCGGCAGCCUCUCCAGAGCGGGAGCCACGGAAAAGUCCUCUCAGCAUCGGAUAACGCCGUCGACGCUGAGCGAGCCGCCGCACGACGUCGACAUCGAGUCCCAGUCGAGGACUCCGACUGUCCACUUUGGUCCCGAUGUUGACAUCGAGGGCUAUCCCGGACCGAUCCGGCGACGGACGACGGAAAAGGUCCAGGAUCUGCUGUCGACCCGAACCAUGGCCGUGACUGGCGGCCGGCCCAUUGUGCCUCCCAAGCUGCUGUCGCCUCUCCACAUCCUCUCUGUCUUUUCCUUCCUCCUCAGCGCCGCCAUUCUCGUGGCUGCCGUCAUAUGGAAGGACGGUGUUGCCAUCAUCGCCAUCACGCUCAUCUCCUUGGCAUCCACCGUCGUCGGUUACGCCUCCUCCUGGCGGCCAAUUCUCAUGCAGCGCAGGCACACUAACGACGUGCCCCGCGGCGAUGUCAUGAUACGGACGCGUGAAGGAGCCUUUGUCUUGGUUCGCUGCUCCGAGGACGUUGCCCGUGAGCUCUACUCCGGAACCGAAGAGUGCGAGUACUACGUAGGUGAGAGAGCCUACAGGGUGUUCAUGGCGCUCGGCACGAUUCUUCUCAUGGUCAGCGUCGUGCUCCUCGGCAACUGCACUUGGAACUCACAGAUCUUCAUCGGAGGGUCGUACAUUGUUCUCAACGGACUGUACUGGGGCCUCGGCAUGUUGCCAAAGACGUACUUCUGGGAUCUUUCGCGGUAUACCUGGCGCGACGCCACCGGGGACGGACAGAAAGCCGAUAUAACCACCGACCCAGAUGACGAGCGCGAAGGCCACCCGAGCUUCACGCGCACCUUGUGGUAUGCCAUUCGCGAGACCCAGGCCAUAGGCUGGGUCGAGCGUAGCGGCGCCGCGCCGGGCACACCGCAGUGGCAGCAGUGGCUCAACGAGGCGCUGGAGAAUGCGAAGUCGGGGAAUCGGAAGUGGGAGGCAGUCAGGAGAAAGAAUGAGAUCAUGACCCAGGCGAGCAAGGACGGAGGCGAUCCUGCGACGCAGAGAGCGCCGGCGACAGAGGUUCAGGCUGGAGGGGUAGGGACGGGUAAUACGAGGGGGACCUUUUAG